AUGGCUGAUUACCCUGCUAAUGGACUAGACUUACCUUUUGCUACCCCCGAGGCGCGCGAUCGAUAUCAAGAUUGGGGUAGCAAGAAGGCAUUUUGGAGGACUCAUUCACGUAGCACUAGAGACUUCAGCAACAAAUACAGCUCAUCAUCCGAUUGGAGGAGUCCCGCGUGGAGGAUACUUAGUCACCUCCUCUGCUGCAGCUACUUUGGGCGUCAUAAGAACGCCAACAGAGUUUACGACACUGAUCUGAUCUUCGUUUGGAGCCUGGAGAGCCACACACCUGUGGACCUUUCCUCUUUUGUUGGGCGUUUCCUGUUUGAUCAGUCGACUGGAAACCGCCAUCACAUACAGGCUGGACCCAUUAUCACUCUAUUGGCGCGCGCCCUCGUGCCUACCAUCGUCAUCCCAGACCUUCUCCCCGAGGAGUCUAGUGUACGACCUAUCACUUCCGAGUCUCUCAUCCACAUGGGAUUCAGAAAGAGGCCACGCGACACUAGAUACGAGCCAGAUCAGGACACGGGCACGGGCAGUCCUUCAUACAUGCCGGCGAGCAUGCCCGCAGAUGGAGCCUCUUCCUCUGCUGUUCCACGUCCAUUGCCUAAUACAUUUGAGGAGCUAACCACUGCUUUUGGUGAUCUCCGGACAUCGUUUGAUUCACGCUUCCAGCUUUAUGAGCAGCGGUGGACCGCCUUUGAGCAACGUCAGGAGGCUUGCUGGAAGGAAAUCCAGGAUCAUCAGCAUCGCAUUGAGACUAGCCUUGCAGAACAGGGUGGAGCCGGGGGUCUCUUGGAAACAGCCGGUGGGGAUUUUGAGGAAGAAGAAGAGAUAGAGGUUGAUCAGCCCAUAAUGGAGGAAAAUAACGGACGUAGGCGGACUGUGCUCCAAGCCAUGAGCCCCGCCUAUGUUGAAGAAGACCCCAUCGGACUCCCGAACACUGACGCCCACACAUUCGAGAUCAAACCUGCCAUGAUCCAAAUGGUCUCGAAUAAUCUUCUACAGCGAGUUAACGUAAUAUAUAGCCUCUUUAGCAUGAAAUGUGCUUUGCGUAUUAUGAGCUUUGUUGCUGGGCUUUGUAAGCAUUUAACCAUCAUAUUUUGAAAAAAAAGUAAAGUGUUGGAAAAUCAUGGAUCAAUAAAUAAAAUCAGAUCAUCCAACCAGAGUUGUAAAUUGUUACAAUUGGAAUUUAUUCCUACCAGAAAUAAUUUAACUGUAGGGCAAGAUGCAAAGCACAACUAUAGUUAAAUGAAAUAUGGAUCUGACCCAAUUAAGAAUUUUAUUUAAAAGAAUCCACCGAACCAAGAGUUGUAAUAACGAUUGCAAUUGGAAUGAAUUCCUACCUAAAUAACUUGACUGUAGGGCAAGAUGCAAAGCACAACUAUAGUUAAGUAAAAUAUGGAUCUUGGCCCGCUAGGGUAUUCUUCAAAUAGAAACCCCAAGUCAAUAGGUUCCGUACCUGAGGGUAAUUGACUUGUUAGAAAUAGUGGGAGAGUAUUUAAUAAAGACCUAUUAGAUACUUAAUUCAUGAUAAUAACUAUCUUCGCAAAAUUCUGUAGAUGGCAAACAACAACACAAACAACCUCGCCCUGCGUUCCAUUCUGGAUAAAGAUAAAUUGAACGGAACAAACUUUGUUGACUGGCAACGCAAUCUCUCCAUUGUUCUCCGCAUGGAUGAGAAAGAGUAUGUGCUCGAAAAGCCCAUUCCUCCUGCCCCUCCCGCUAACGCCCCGAAAGCGGU